CUUUUUUUUUUUGUGUAUGUGUAAUAUGCAUAAGUCGGUUUAAUAUUAUAAGAAAACUAGGGAGAAAAAUAAAUAAAUAAAAAAGAGAUUAGGUUUCAAAAAACAUGAGAGAAAAAAAAAAAAAAAAAAAUUAAAAUAGAUUUCAAAAUAUAUUAUUUCUAUUGCAAGAAUUGAAAUAUGUACAAUUUUUAAUGAUUUUCAUUAGAAGAAAAUAUUUUAUGACAAAUCAAAUGAGACUAAUGGAUUUAUUUAUUUGAAUGACAAAGCACUAAGAAGGCAAAGUCAAUCACGUGGGUCUCACGUGAUCAGCUCUCCCGCCAUAAACUUUUCAAGAAGCUAACGAACUGGGAUUUUAUUCCGAAGCCUCGUAACUGCCGGACACUUACGCCCACACCUCAUCCCUCUCAAUUCUCAACACCCAAAACCCUAACACAUCCACUCUCUCUCUCGAAAAUGCAGAGAACAUUGACCACGUAUCGACCCUUAGACGACACGUAUGUGAUCAAUGUUAGGCAGCAGCAGCAGCUUCAGGGGAGGCAAUCUCCGAUGAGGAGAAUGGAUGAUAUCGGUGAUCUUCCCAUCUAUGAUCCGCGCUCCACAGUCGGUCGGAGAUCGCGACCGUGGCCUGAAAAGUGGAUUCAUGUGAUUCCUGUCACGAUUCUGCUCGUUUUCUUCAUUCUCUGGUGGUCCUCUUACCCAGUGUGGGUGGAGAUGAAGGACAAAAGAAUUCUAUCUGUUCAUCGGAUCUUACAACCGCAGUCUCUCAAUAAUACUCAAGUUGACAUCACCAUCUUGGCAUCUACAACUUCACCAAUUGCCUCUCUCCCUCAGAAUCUUACACGAAACAAUGAAACUGUAGCAUACCCAGUGAGUAAAGCCGAUUGAAAAAUUACCUUUUCUGAAUGGGAAAAUAGUUCCAUGAAAUUUAGUCCUGUCAAUAUUACUGUUACUAGAGAUUGAGAUUGCUUUGCCCCACGGGAUUUUGAUAAUCUUCAGGAACAAAUAAGGGAAAUAAUGUGAAAAGGCUUCUAGGGUUUGUCUCAAAGAAUAAUCAGGUGGAAUACACGUAGAAUAUGUGCUUGUAUUGAAUUUGUCAUGGAAAAAGGGAAGGCGAGAGAUUGAAAACUCUAGCUUAUCUGGGAUUUUCCUGAUAUCAUGGAAGCUAAUAAAAUUAGAAAUCUUCUGAA